UAUGACUGGAUUUCUCAAGGACAAGCAUGUACAGUAUGUGAAGGAUCUUGAUUCGAGUAUGACGCAACAAACGUAUGAGUACUGGUUGCUGGAGCAUUUGCGAAUGAAUGGAUUGUACUGGGGGGUAGUUGCAUUAGUUAGUUGUAAAAGAUUAGAAGAGUUACCGGUUGAAGAAGUGAUUAAGUUUAUACUUUCAUGUUACGAUGAGAAAAGGGGAGGAUUCGGAGCAUUCCCACAACAUGACGCCCAUAUUUUAUCUACCUUAUCAGCGAUACAAAUACUAAGUAUCUACGAAAGAUUAGAAGAGAUUGAAGAUAAACGGGGGGAAAUUGUUGGGUAUAUAAAAAGUUUACAAUUGAGUAAUGGAUCUUUCAAAGGAGACGAAUUUGGAGAAGUAGAUACUCGAUUUGUCUAUACAUCAGUGAGUGCAUUAUCAAUAUUAGGAGAAUUAAGUGAAGAAAUCAAAGAACUGGCUAGUUCAUUUAUAAUGAAAUGUGAGAAUUUCGAUGGAGGAUUUGGAAUGUUACCAGGAGCAGAAAGCCAUGCAGCACAAGUAUUCACAUGCAUUGGAACGUUAGCCAUCUGUAAUCGAUUAGAUAAGAUUGAAAAUAAGAAUAGACUUUGUAAUUGGUUAAGUGAAAGACAAGUAUUACCCAGCGGAGGGUUUAAUGGACGACCAGAAAAAUUGCCCGAUGUAUGCUAUAGUUGGUGGGUAUUAUCAAGUUUGAGUAUAAUUGGUAGUAUAAAAUGGAUAAACGAUGAAUAUUUAGAAAAAUUUAUUUUAAGUUGUCAAGAUGAAAUAAACGGGGGGCUAAGUGAUCGACCAGAAAAUCAAACUGAUGUUUAUCAUACUUGUUUUGGAAUUGCUGGAUUAAGUUUACUCAAUUAUGAGAAAUAUGAUUUGAUUGAAAUUGAUCCAGUUUAUUGUAUGCCCAAAUAUAUAACAAAUAAAUUUUGA